UUUAAUGUGCUUUUGUUGGUGCAGACUCUAAAUCCAUGUCGAAGGCAGCUGGAAAAAAAGUCAACACCUUCCCUUUAGGUCUUCUGCGAGCUCUUGAGACACAACAACAUCCAACUGGAGUAAAGGUUUCUAUAGAAACAUGUCACUUGCUGAAACCAAAACACACAGGAGAUAAAAUAUUCUUCUAAUCACAGGCAUUAGUUAGAGGCCUGUUAUCUUUAUAGGUGGAAAAGUCACUCCUGGCUAUGCAAGCAACUUUAUUCUCUUUAUUAGAAUCUGGGAGAGUGUUCUUGUACAAGAUAAGUAUAAUUAUGCGUAAUCUGUAAAUUGGAGAAGCUGAGGGAAUUAUGCAGUGUUGAUGGUUGGGGAUUGGUCUUAACAGCGGGAGAUUUCUCUCUGCCUGUGUAUUCCACCCGUGAUGGCUCUGCUUAAAGAGGCAAUGUGGAUGCAGCCAGUAGCACACAGACAGUCGUUCAGUGUUCCCAUCCAGAUCGCACUGCAAGGCAGCCGCAGACGCUACAUGAGGGAAGCCUUCUCGGCAGUACCUGCCAGGGUGAAAAGAAAAGAAAGCAGCAGCGAUGGGGUGAAGUCAUCUGAAAAAAUGAAAAAACAGGCCUCCAAUGCAGGGGAAGAUAGAGCAAUGCUGCUGGGCUUCACUAUGAUGGGGCUUUCAGUGCUCAUGUUUUUCUUACUGGGCAUCACAAUUCUAAAGCCAUUCAUGCUCAGCGUCUGGAACGAAGAAUCGAACUGCACAAUUGUCCAGGCUGAUAUAAUGGAAGACUGGGUUGACUGUUCGUUUACAUGUGGCGCAGAUUGCCAUGGCCAAUCAAAGUAUCCCUGCCUCCAGGUAUUGGUGAAUGUGUCUCAGUCUGGCCAGACGGCGGUCCUACAUUACAAUGAAGAAGCAGUACAAAUAAACCCGAAAUGCUUCUAUAUUCCAAGGUGCCAAAGAGAUAAAGAAGAUUUACUGGAUGGCGUCAUGAACAUAAAAGAAUAUUUUGAUCACAAGAACGACACACCCUUUUUAUGUUUUCAUCGCCCAGAAAGCAAACCAGAGGAUGUCAUCUUGAUUAAAAAAUAUGACCGUUCAGUGGUCUUUCACUGCCUGUUCUGGCCUUCACUGAUGCUUCUUGGAGGAGCUUUGAUAGUAGGAAUGGUGAAACUAACACAGCAUCUCUCUCUGUUGUGCAGCGCGUACUGUAGUGCCUCUAAAGAUGAGCUUGGCAACGUUGCAUCAAGGCCUGACUCGCAGCAGAGCAAGACCAAGAAGGAAGACAAGUGUUUAAGGUGGAGAUUAAACUCCCAAAGCAUGAGCAAUGAACCUUUUAACUGAAUAAUAUGAAAAAGAAGACUUUUUACGGUAUUAGUGAAGAAAACCCCACUUUUUUUAUUCCGGAUGUCCCAGGCACCUCAGGUGAAAGUUUUUGUGUCAGGGACAGGUGAGGUAUCUGCACUGCUGCAUGGUUGGAGCUCUCACCGUCCUCCACAUAAUACUGGCUACCAGCGGAGGGAGUUUAGCAAAAUCUGGAGGUCUUCAAGUUGACUUUCCCUGAUGUACUGUAGUUAUGUGACAGUAGUUUACAGCAGGAAUGAUACAAACAUAGAAGGCUGUGGCAGUGGUUAAGUACUUUUUUGUAGCUAUAAGAUUAUUUUUAGAUAAAGGAUGUAAAGUUUUUUCGGCUGUUUACAAUAAAUAAUUA